AUGCAGACCACGCGGCACAUCCACACUCAGAUCAACAUGCUUGCAGACUUCAGCUUUCAGAUCGACAACGAGGUCGUGGAACGUGCCUUCUCCUCCUUUGCGUGGCCCCUGCAAAUCCAAAUCGAUGUGGGUGACUCUGAACGAAGCCUGGACUCUCAGAAGCAAAAGUUCAUGGAGAAGCUGGACCAGGAGAAAACAGAGUAUGAGCGGGACAUGGCUAGCUACCAGGAGGAUUUAGAAUGGCUCCGAGGUUUGAAUGACUAUUCCCUGGCCAUGAAAUGCGCUCAUCGUAUCUACUCUCUGAAAGAGAACUUGGAGAAGGCCGUGGUGCGGGUGCAAAGCUUCGUGGACAGAGAGCGGCUGUUCGGCAUGGAAGUCUCCGACUACUCUGCCGUGGAGGUUAUGAGCGAGGCCUUCGAGCCGUACUACAAGCUGUGGAACAGUGCCAUUGACUUCAAGCACUCAGAGGAGGAGUGGCUGCAGGGAGUGGUCCAGCGCCUGGUAGCCGAAGAGAUCGAAUCAAUGGUCGAAGAGCAGUACAAAGAGAGCUAUAAGACCAUGAAGCAGUUUGAAGGCAAUGAGAAUCCGCUGGCAGUGGCCAAGGAUCUGCGAGAAGAAAUCUCGAACUUCCGUGCCAACAUGCCCGUCAUCCGUGCCCUGUGCCAGGAGGCCUUCGAACCACGGCACUUCUCGGAUCUUUUCGAAGAGCUGCGGAUGGACAUGGACAUGGAGGAUGGCAUUACUUUGCAACAAAUGCUGGAAAUCGGCAUCCUGGACCAUAUCGACACCCUGGAAAGGAUCAGUGUCAAGGCGCAAAAGGAGCACGGCCUGAAGACGGCCUUGGCCACCAUGAAGAAAGAGUGGCGUCCAAUCGAGUUUGGCCUCGUUCCACACAGAGCUGGCACUCAUAUGGUCAGAGGAAUCGAUGAGAUCCAGGCCGUGCUCGACGACCACAUUGUCAAGUCUAUGGGUAUUCGUGGCUCUCCAUUCGUGGAGCCGAUCGAGAAAGAAGUGAAGGAUUGGCUGUUGAAGCUCACCUACAUCCAAGACCUUCUGGAGCAGUGGCUGGCGAUGCAGCGUUCAUGGCUGUACCUGGAGCCGAUCUUCAGUUCGGAUGACAUCCAGAAGCAGCUUCCCAGUGAAGCCAAGCGCUUCCAACAGGUCAACAUCCUCUGGCGAACUACAAUGGAGUCCGUUGCCGAAAAUCCGAACGUUCUGGAUGUCUCAGAGAUCGAGAACCUGCUUGCGAGCUUCAUUGAUGCCAACAAAAAGCUGGAUGCAAUCCAGAAAGGCUUAAACGACUACCUGGACACGAAGCGUCUCGCCUUUCCGCGCUUCUUCUUCCUGUCGAGUGAUGAGCUGCUGAUGAUCCUGUCCCAGACCAAGGACCCGACAGCCGUUCAGCCACACAUGGGCAAGUGCUUCGAAGGCAUCAGCAGGGUUCGCUUCAACAACACAAACGAGAUCAUCGAAGCCAUGUCGUCUGUAGAGGGCGAGGUGGUCGAACUCGCCGAGCCCGUGAAUGUGGUCGAAGGAGAGAAGAAGGGCAACGUGGAGAAGUGGUUGAUGGAGGUGCAAGGCUCCAUGAUCGACAGCCUGACGAAGGUGACCGGCAAUUCCCUCUUGGCCUAUGCGAAGACAGAACGUGGGGGCCCUCGCGUGCAAUCGCCACGCUACGCUCGUACGUCUCCGGGGUGGCUGCCUGCUGAGUUCACAUCAUUCAUGCUGCACCUCUAG